ACUUUCGACGGAUAAGGCUGUAAGGCUGUAGUGCUCUCUCUCACUCAUUUCCACUCCACUCUCAUGAAUUCAAUCUCUCUACCCUGGCACUGACUCCUCCCUUCUCAAAUCAUGGCCUCCAAGGUUCUUCCUCAGGCAUUGUUCAUCACCCCAAGAAGCUCUAAUCAAUGCCCCCCAAAGAAGCUAGGGCUUUCCACUUUCCCCUCGCCUCGUAGCACUUCAUUGAACCUUAAUCGAUUAUCGACUUCUAGAUUUUCGUCGAACUCGUUUGGGUUCCAUUUCCGUCCCAUUGUUGUGUCUCCGAAGCGGUUCUUUAUUGUGAGUGCAGAAGCGGACAAUGAGGGUGAAUUGGGACCAGAUGAGAACACUGAGGAGGAGGAAACUGUUUCUGAGACUGAGUCCGAAGUGAAAUUGGAUGCUGAAGAUGAAGCGAAGCCGCCGAGAAAACCUCGGGUCAAGCUUGGAGAUAUAAUGGGGAUUUUGAAUAAAAGGGCAAUUGAGGCCUCGGAGAAGGAAAGACCAGUUCCGGACCUUAGAACUGGAGACAUUGUGGAAAUUAAACUGGAAGUCCCAGAAAAUAGGCGCAGGUUGUCUAUCUAUAAAGGUAUUGUUAUUUCUAAACAAAAUGCUGGCAUCCACACAACAAUCCGAGUUCGGAGGAUUAUUGCGGGUGUAGGGGUUGAGAUCGUAUUCCCUGUGUAUUCACCAAACAUCAAAGAGAUAAAGGUAGUUAACCACAGGAAGGUCAGAAGGGCAAGGUUGUACUAUCUGAGAGACAAGCUUCCCAGGCUCUCAACUUUCAAAUGAAAACCCUCAACACCUGUCUUUUGAUUUUCUUGAAUCCGGAUGUUGUGUUGUACUUCUCCGUGAAUUUUUUUUUUUUCCUUUGAGAUGGAUAUAUCUUUAACCUCUUCUUUCCUUCA